GAAGUCGCAUUUUAACAUAAUCCGUUCGAUGACACUUAUUAUUCGUAUUCGAAAGUUGAAGUUGCAUCGUGCGAAGUACUCAGCAGAACCUUGGAAGGCGCUUUCCUUUCCCCGUAGCCACAGAUUUGUUAAUCCAGGGGGGGAAAACUCCAAGAAUCCAAGAAGAGUAUCUGGGGUUGAAUGGAACUUCCUUACUGGUUCGUUGGUAGGAUCGUCAGCAUAAUUUCGAAGAGAAUUUCCUGAAUGGGUAUUGAUGCUUGUACUUGUUUGUGUACGUUACGCACCCGUGCUCCUGCUGUAACUAUCAAGUUUCUUUCAUUUCUGUCUUCAAUUCAAUGCCUACUAGGUUCUCUCACUUCAUAAUUCAUAACAAGACUCUCAUUGAACGUCGGCGAAAGAUUGAUUCGAACUAUUGAGAGUAUAUAUUAAAUUGGAUCUCUUGCUGCAUUUGACCACUCUGUCUAUCCACUUUCAUCGUCAAAGCUCCUCACUAUCUACCGAAGUCGACCUCUCUCGGCGCAAAUCAAAACAAGGAAGGCAGAGAGAGAUACCAAGGACAACGACAACAUAUGUGGAGAGGGGCUGAAUACAUACGGGCUUCAUAGCUCGUUCGAUCCAUUCCAGAAUUAACGAAGUUAUGGCCUCGUCUUAUGCAUUACCAGCUUCAGCAAUUACCAAUAGUCAUCAUGGACAUGGACAUUCCCAUUCCCAUGCAUCUUCACAUUCGCAUUCAAGCCGAUCCUCGCAAUACUCUGCCAGUAGGUCGAGACCAUUGAACCAAUCCAUCUCAAGUCUGCACAGCCAUUCACGCGAGCAUUCCGAAACUCUCCAUGAGCAUGAACAUGAACAUGAACAUGAACACGAACAUGAGCACGAGCACGAACAUGAUGAACACAAUCAUGGCCACUCUCACUCUCUUUCGCAUGACCAUGCGCACAACCACACCAAUGAUCACUCAGCAUCAUACUUGCCGUCACCGCCAUAUAGUGAAGCGACUCCCAUGUCUGCCACUUUCGAGAAAGGAGCAUAUGGAACCUACGAACCUCCGGUAAACGAUGUACAUGUCGACAACCAUCAUCAUCAUGAUCAUGACCACCACAACCAUUCGCAUGGUACGACAGCCGAAACGAAAUCACAAUUCACGAGUUUGAUACUGCCAUACGCAUUCAAAUGGCCUCUCUUACAUGCAAUAUUGGCGAGUAAGGAUUCGAGGAGGAUCUUUUAUUUUAUGAGUCUUAAUUUUGCCUUUAUGAUCGUUCAAGCAUUUUACGGAUUCGUUACGGAUUCCCUCGGUCUUUUGAGCGAUAGUAUACAUAUGUUUUUCGACUGCUUGGCACUUGGAGUGGGAUUGUUUGCUGCAGUUGCAAGUAAAUGGCCACCGAGUCAAAGGUUCCCAUACGGAUUUGGAAAGAUUGAGAGUUUAUCGGGAUUUGGUAAUGGAGUAUUCCUCAUACUUAUUAGCAUCGAGAUUAUGAUAGAAGCGACUGAACGAUUGGCAGAAGGACGAGAAACAAAACGAUUGAUGGAACUUUUUGUUGUCAGUUCUUUGGGAUUGGCAGUUAACUUGGUUGGCAUGGCUUGCUUCGGUCAUCAUCACCACGGACACGACCACGGCGAUCAUGAUCAUGGACAUGAUCAUGGCCAUUCGCAUGGACAUUCUCAUUCCCACUCUCACGACUCUCACUCCCAUGACUCUCAUUCCCACUCCGGAUCUGGCGAUCACGAUCACAAGAAACAACCCUCGAUUCUUCACGAUGACCAUUCACAUUCACAUUCACACGGUGGCCAUUCGCAUGAUAACGAAAACAUGAGAGGUAUCUUUCUUCAUGUGCUCGCAGAUACAAUGGGCAGUGCUGCAGUCAUUGUCUCUACUGUGUUAAUAUACUUUCUCGGAUGGUCAGGCUGGGAUCCUCUUGCGUCUUGUCUCAUCGCAAUUCUUAUUUUUCUUUCCUCAAUUCCUCUUGUCAAAAGUAGUGCGAAGAAACUUCUUUUAACAGUUCCUGAUGAUACUGAAUACAAUCUACGAAACAUCUUGGCUGGUGUAAGUGAUUUACGUGGAGUUCAAGCCUACACCGUUCCAAAGUUUUGGCUAGGUGAUAAAAAUCAAACAGUAUUGGGAGUCAUGCAUGUUGUUGCAACCAGAGGAUCAGAUCUUGAAGAUGUUUUAACGAGAACGAGAGCAUUUCUUUUAAGUAAAGGUAUCGAUGUGGUAGUACAAGUUGAGAAAGAUGGAGACGGUAGUUGUUGGUGUGGAGGAGCAGGUAAUAGCAGUCGAUCGAACACAAAUUCGAGAUUUUCCUGAUUUUCCUAGUUCGACAAGAUUUAUGGAUUGGAUUUCUUUCAUGGAAGAGACAUCAUGGGAUGACGAUAGGAUAUUGAUGAACUGAUGGAUACUUUGACGGCAGAAGAGACGUGUACUUGCAAAUAGCAUUUAGAUCAUAUUAGCAGUACUUUAGUAGAGUUGGAAUGAAAUGAUACCAUGUAUAUCUUUUACCCUUGGAGCAAGA